UGACGUUUUGAGCGGUCAAUCCAAACAUCUUUGAGUGGCGGAAGAUGAGGGGACUCGAGCGAAUGAUCCGCGCGCUCCGCUCAUCGGGCGUCGGCACACGGAAUCUGAAUCAACUCGCAUCAAGACGUUCGUCGGAGAGUUUGUACGCGCCUGAAGAAACCAUCAACCACAUACUCAGCAGCGGGGACCUCAGCGAGACGCCGGAACGCUUCAAUUUCGCCCGGGACAUAAUCGAAUAUUGGGCAAAACGCGAGAAUCGGCUCCGAAAUGAUCGAGUUCCGGCACUAUGGACAGUGGAGCAAGGCUCAUCGUCUCGAAAGUAUUCAUACCGGGAGCUUUCGGAACUCUCGAAACGCAUCGCCGGCGUUUUCCGAGAUUUGGGGCUCGAGAAAGGCGACCGUUUAUUGGUGUGUUUGCCAAAAUGCUCGGAGUUCUGGACAAUACUCUUGGGUGCAAUAAGAUACGGACUCGAAAUUUGUCUGGUGACCAGCCAGGCAACGAGCGAGGAUUUGAGGCUCCGCAUCACGAGAUUCGAUCCCAGGGUGGUGAUCAGCGAGAAACUCGAUGAAGUCGAUUCCGCUUGCGCGGAUGCCCAAGUCAUGCACAAAAUAUCCCCACGGAGAAAAGCGAAAAGCUGGAAGAACCUUAACUCUUUAUUGGAUUCAGCGAACGACUUCGACGGUCAUCAAACAUCUGAAAACGAUCCCUGCCUGAUUUUCUUCACGAGCGGAACGACCGGCAAGCCGAAAAUGGUGGAACACUCUCAUAGCUAUACGCUGGCUCACGUGUUGACCGGUAAAUACUAUCAGUGUCUCGAACCCAGCGAUAUUUAUUGGUGCAUGACCGACCCCGGCUGGUCGAAAGUGGCGUGGGCCACGUUUCCGACGUGGCUCUUCGGCGCCGGAGUUUUCGUCGAUACUUCGUCGAGGUUCUCGGCUCAGGACACCCUGAAGACUCUGCGGGAGUUUCCGGUGACGAAAUUCUGCGCUCCUCCUACGGCUUAUCGGACGAUGCUCGCGAACUCGGGAUCGACCGACUCCUUCCGAUUCCCGAAGCUCAACGAUUGCCUCAGCGCGGGCGAACCUCUGAAUCCGGAAGCGUAUCGCGCGUGGAAAAGAUUGACGGGAGUGGACAUUCGCGAAGGGUUCGGACAGAGCGAAACAAUGCUGAUCGCCUCAACGCCUCGAGGCCAGCCGAUCAAGCCCGGCUCCGUUGGGCCCCCAAUGAAGGAGCACGACAUUCGGGUUUUGGACGAUGAUGGAAAUCCAGUCCCGAGAGGAACAAUUGGUCAUUUGGGCAUCCGAGUUUCACCACGGAGACCACUCGGACUCUUCCGCGGAUACAGAGGAGAUCCGGAAAAGACAUCAGCGGCGUUCAAAAACGAUUUCUAUCUCACGGGAGAUAAAGUGUGCGCGGACGAAGACGGUUAUCUUCGGUUCGUGAGCCGCUCCGAUGACGUUAUAACGUCGUCGGGUUACCGGAUCGGACCUUUUGAAGUGGAAAGCGUGCUCCUGGAGCAUGACGCUGUGCUUGAAUCGGGUGUUAUCGGAGUUCCUGAUCCGCAGAGAUUUGAAGUGAUCAAGGCUUUCAUCGUUCUCAACGACAAUUAUUUGAACCACGACCCCCAAGAGCUGAUCGCGGAUAUCCAGGCCUUCGUGCGGAGGAAAACAGCACCGUACAAAUAUCCGAGACAGAUAGAGUUCGUCAAGUCGUUGCCGAAGAACAUCGGAGGUAAAAUUCAACGGAACCUUCUGCGGGAGAUGGAAAGAGAGCGUCGCGGAGCUUGA